CUGAACAAUGAGGUAAUCCGAGUAAACAGUAAAAAUGGCGACGUCUGUUGCCGGAGAGGGUCAACAAUGUCUAAACGGGAUUAUUUGCGACCCUCAAACCAAAAUAUUGACUGACCUGCCAAGCGAGCUGCUCGAACAUAUACUGUGCUUCCCUGUUCUCCAACAUAUCGACAUUUGUAACGUUUCCUCCUGCUGCAAGCGGCUACACGACGUCUGCCAUGGAAGGGGAAAGGUCUGGGGACACCAGUACAAACUCAGAUGGCCAAGACUGCAGAGGUUUUACCGUCAGAAUGAGUGCUGUGACUGGCUCAAGGAAUACAAAACACGCCAUCGAGUUGGUAUACAAAUCAGAAGGAUGGUGGAAUCAAUCUCAAAGAGAUUCUUCACUGAAGUUCCUUGCGUUGGCCAGGUGCUCGGAGACAGCUUUGCAGAGAUCGAGUCACUUGGGAUGCCGGAGCACUUUUGUGAAGACGAGCUCCUCUUCAUACUCAACACUGACAAGAGGAAAAGCUUGACUUUGAAGUACUAUGCAAAGAAAAUCCUUUACUUUCUGAGGCAGCAGAACAUCCUGAGGAGUCUGAAGAUGUUCCUGGAACAGCCUGUGGAGCAGCAGUCUGCCCUAGAAGGUGCCGUACUCGUGGAUCAGUAUUGUAACCCACUGGCUGACAUAACACUGGACAGCAUAUCAGCUCAGCUGGAUGAGAUCACAGAAAAAGUCAAUAAGAUGCUGAGAAUCAAGAAUCCGUCUCACCCCACCUUGCGCAACGCUCAAGGUGACUGUUUUGUUAUAGAAGACUUCGACCUCCAGAGGCAGGUGGUUUGUGCCAUAAACUCUGUCUUAUAUGAGCAGCUUCAGUACAAAGGCAAUGAGUUUGACUACUAUAAUCCCCUCAACUCUUACAUCCAUCAGGUGCUACUACGACACACAGGCAUUCCCAUAAGCCUCUCUGUUCUCUACAUGACACUGGCCCGGAAGCUGGGUGUUCAGCUGGAGCCUGUCAACUUUCCUAAUCACUUCCUGCUACGUUGGUGCCAGAAACCAACAGGGAGCGAGGACAUCUAUGACUUUGUCUACAUUGACGCCUUUGGGAAAGGCAAGCAGUUGACGGCUAAGGAGUGCGAGUACCUCAUUGGCCACCAGGUGACAGCAGAUUACUACAGUGCCAUCAGCACCACAGAGGUGCUCCUCAGGAUGGUGGGAAACCUGCUCAACAUUGGCAAGAGAGGGGAAGGCAAUGAGAAAUCCUACCAGCUGCUGAGAGACUCUCUGGACCUCUACCUCACCAUCAACCCUGAUAAUGUGCAGUAUCUGCUGCUGCAAGCUCGCCUGUACUUCCACCUGGGCAUCUGGCCAGAAAAGGUGCUUGAUAUCCUGCAGCACAUCCAGGCAUUAGACCCCUCCCAGCAUGGAGCAGUGGGUUACCUGGUGCAGCACACGCUGGAGCACAUCCAGCACAAGAAGCAUCCACUGGCACCUGAAAUGAAGAGUCGCAGCAUUCCAGAACACCUGGAGGUUCAGUAUUCGGUUGGCCUCAUCAUGAAACACAAGAGGUCAGGUUAUAACUGCGUGAUUUAUGGCUGGGAUCCUAAAUGCACCAUGAGUCAGGAGUGGAUCACCACCAUGAGGGUCCAUCAGCUGUCCAACGGGGCCAACCAGCCAUUCUACAAUGUCCUUGUACAGGAUGGAACGUGCCGCUACGCUGCACAGGAAAACCUGGAGCCCCACUCAGCCCCUCUGGAGAUCGGCCACCCGGAGGUGGGUCGCUACUUCUCUGAGUUCGCCGACACCCACUAUGUUGCCAACGAGGAACUUCAGGCUCGAUACCCAGAGGACACGAGGGAAACACUGGGCACGGUGCGGAAGCUCUAUCAUAGACUGACCACCUCUGGUGACCAAGAUCAGACUCUGGCCUCAGACCAAAAUACGCACCAAGCCAUGACGAUGUAGCGAAGCAGCUGAGACCAACAUCAUCAUGACCCGUACUGAGCAGUAACCGGUCAUCGAUUCUCAAUUUACCAUCCAUUUAGUUGCUUCUUUAUUGCAGAUAUUCACUGACAGGACAUAUUUAUAACAAAUAAUUUAAAAAAGAGAGAAACGGAUGCUGUGAUGCUGCGACUCGGCGUCUCAACAUCACGCGACGUCGAUCGCAUGACCAUAAUUCACAAAUGUGAUUUGAAAUCACUGUCAGCUUCCUGUCUAAAAAUAUUUAUUUCAACGUCUGUAAAAUAUGGAAAAAAAGCUCUGAUUGCCAACGUUCAUGCUUUGAUAUGCAUCCAAUCAGCCACAAGUGUGUGUGUGUGUUUGUUUUUGAAGACAAAUCACAAACAAUGACCUAGAUGACGGUUAAUGUUGGGGUUGAGCAUUUCUUGCAACCCAAUGACCUCAUAAUGUGUAAAUCCAACCACAAAACAAAGGGUAAAAUGUCCUAUGUGUAUUCAGGAUGAGUAUCAAGGUGCUGUACAUUUCCCUUUACCUAAAACCAAGGAAUGCGCCUUUACCCAGAGUUCCCCAACCUCUCUCCACACCUUCCUGCACCCAGCACCAGUCACAGAAUCCCACUGCAUAUAGCCUAAACCCUCUGGUUACAGUGCCACAAGAAACUUUGUAAAUGUACCUUUUUCUUUGAAAUCUUCAUCUUUUUGAAAGUUUAACUUUCACAUUUUUAGAAUACCUUCUUUUCUGUAUAUUAAUACAUAUAGAGGUGCCAUGGUCAUGGAUCAUCAGUGUGUUUGAGCUGUGUAUGAAAGAACACGAGAAGAACCAAUAACAAGGACCCUACUGACUUGAGAGAGUGUUUUGAUGGACAUGCAGAGAAAUAAAGAAUUACAACUUU